AUGUUCGUUUACAAGCGAGACGGACGCAAAGAACGCGUCCAGUUUGACAAGAUUACUGCCCGCGUCUCUAGACUCUGUUACGGUCUCGAUCCCGAGCAUGUCGAUGCUGCUGCCAUCACCCAAAAGGUUAUCUCUGGUGUCUACCAGGGAGUAGACACCACUGAGCUGGAUAACUUGGCUGCCGAGACUGCAGCAUACAUGACUGUUACUCACCCCGAUUAUGCCAUCCUUGCCGCUCGUAUUGCCGUAUCCAACCUUCACAAGCAGACCAAGAAGCAAUUUUCUAUGGUUAUCUCUGAUCUUUACAACUAUGUCAACCCCAAAAACAAAAAGUCCUCCCCCAUGAUCUCCAAGGAGCAUUUUGAGAUAAUUCAGAAGUAUUCCGAGGAGCUUAACUCGGCCAUCGUUUAUGACCGUGACUUCAACUACAACUACUUUGGCUUCAAGACCUUGGAGCGAUCAUAUCUCCUGCGCCUUGAUGGCAAGGUUGCCGAGCGUCCCCAACAUCUGCUGAUGCGUGUGGCUGUCGGUAUUCACGGCGAAGAUAUUGAGAAAGCUAUUGAGACCUAUCACUUGAUGUCCCAGAAGUACUUUACCCACGCUUCUCCUACUCUCUUCAACGCUGCCACCCCUCAGCCGCAGUUGGCCUCCUGCUUCCUGGUUGAUAUGAAAGAGGACAGCAUUGAGGGUAUCUAUGACACUCUUAAGACAUGUGCCAUGAUCUCUAAGACUGCUGGUGGUAUUGGCUUGAACGUUCACCGUAUCCGUGCCACUGGCUCUUACAUUGCUGGAACCAACGGCUCUUCUAACGGUAUCGUUCCCAUGCUCCGUGUGUUCAACAACACUGCUCGUUACGUUGACCAGGGCGGUAAUAAGCGUCCUGGUGCCUUUGCCAUCUACCUUGAGCCCUGGCACGCCGACGUUUUCGAGUUCCUCGAUCUUCGCAAGAACCACGGUAAGGAGGAAGUACGCGCCCGUGACCUCUUCUUCGCUCUCUGGACUCCUGAUCUGUUCAUGAAGCGAGUUGAGGCCAAUGGAGACUGGACUCUCUUCUGCCCCCACGAGGCCCCUGGCAUGUCUGAUGUCUACGGAGACGAGUUUGAAGCUCUCUACGAGCGCUACGAGAAGGAGGGUCGCGGCCGCAAGACCAUCAAGGCCCAGAAGCUGUGGUACGCUAUUCUCGAGGCUCAGACCGAGACUGGUAACCCCUUCAUGCUGUACAAGGAUGCUUGCAACCGCAAGAGCAACCAGAAGAACCUGGGCACUAUUCGCAGCUCCAACCUGUGCACCGAGAUUGUGGAGUACAGUGCCCCCGACGAGGUGGCCGUCUGCAACUUGGCUUCCCUCGCUCUGCCCUCUUUCGUCGAUGCUGCUCGCGGCGAGUACGACUUUGGCAAGCUGCACGAGGUCGUUCAGACUGUCGUGCGUAAUUUGAACAAGAUCAUCGACAUCAACUACUACCCUGUCCCUGAGGCCGCUAAGAGUAACUUCCGUCACCGCCCCAUUGCCCUGGGUGUCAACGGUCUUGCUGAUGCCUUCCUCGCUCUGCGUCUGCCGUUUGACUCUCCCGAGGCUAAGCAGCUGAACAUUCAAAUCUUCGAAACUAUCUACCACGGUGCUCUGACUGCCUCUUCCGACUUGGCCAAGGAGCUUGGUACUUACGAAACCUACCCUGGCUCUCCCGUGUCGCAAGGCAUCCUGCAGUACGACAUGUGGGACCGUACCCCCACCGACCUCUGGGACUGGGCCUCUUUGAAGGCCAAGAUUGCUGAGACUGGUGUUCGCAACAGUCUGUUGGUGGCUCCCAUGCCCACUGCCAGUACCAGUCAAAUCCUAGGCUUCAACGAGUGCUUUGAGCCCUACACUUCGAACAUCUACUCCCGCCGUGUCCUUGCCGGUGAGUUCCAGGUUGUCAACCCCUGGUUGCUGAAGGACCUGGUCGACCUGGGUCUGUGGUCGGACAACAUGAAGAACCGUAUCAUCGCCGACGGCGGUUCGGUCCAGAACAUCCCCAACAUUCCGGCCGACAUCAAGGCCCUGUACAAGACUGUGUGGGAGAUUUCGCAGCGCUCCAUCCUGCAGAUGGCUGCCGACCGUGGUGCCUACAUUGACCAGUCCCAGUCGCUCAACAUCCACAUGAAGGAGCCCACUAUGGGCAAGAUCACCAGUAUGCACUUUGCUGGCUGGAAGAUGGGUCUCAAGACUGGUAUGUACUACCUGCGUACCAUGGCCGCUUCCGCUCCCAUCCAGUUCACCGUCGACCAAGAGCAGCUCCUUGUUGAGGACACCAAUGUUGCUCGUACCAGCAAAAAGCGUGUUGGUGCCACCUCUUCAUACUCGGCCGUGCCCCGUGCCAACGGCAUCCAGUCUGCCACUAUCUCUAUCCCCAGCCCCAGCCAGGAGAGUUCCCGCACAGUGACUGCAGACCCUGUUGUUGUCGCAGCUCCAGUGGUGGCUGAGGAAUCCCCUGUUGAGGAGGCCGAGGGAGAGAGCAAGGAGGGUGACAUCUUCUCUGACAAGGUCCUGCAAUGCAGCAUUGAGAACAAGGAGGCUUGCAUUAUGUGCCAGGGCUGA